UUCAAGAGAGACAUUUUGAGUUUCUAGCUGUAUCAUCAGUCAAAUGCCGAAAACCAAACAAAAGAAAGACAGAAGGGCGUUCAGAUCAUCUCUAGAACAAUUAGUAGAGAUCUCUGAAAACAUUGGAAGAAUGAUUAAAGACAAACCAAAACACUUAGAAGCCAUCAAAAAAUUUCCAUUCUGGAAUUUUUACAGACCAUUUCAUCAAGGUAGACUUAAACAAGCAGGUAUGAGGAAAAGACAACUUGGUCUUGAGCAUAUCUUGAACACAUUCGAUCAAGAAAAAGGAGUUUUUCGGUUUGGAGGAGUUGAAUUCAAGUCUACAGCAGAACUACUUGCUGUCAUAUUUGGGUUACAAAGGAGGAUGAAAUCAGCCAGUGAAGAAGAAGAAGAAGAAGAAGAAGAAGAAGAAGAUUUUACUAGUAUCAGUAUAGCACAGAUAAUCUUCUGCAAAACAUAUUUAAAAGGAGAGAAAGUGAUGAAAAUAAAAGAUAUUAUAGAUUCACUUUAUGCAGCGGCAGAGGAUGUGACUAAACCCCAUGAUUUUGUCAAGUUGCUUGUUUUGUAUCUCUGUGUUGCAAUCUUCUUUCCUGAUCAGAGUGGAGGUAAACUACCCAGUGUCUAUCUCAAGUAUGUUUUUGUGCUGGACCAAGUGUCUUGGCCUGAUUUGAUCCAUUCAUACUUGAUGGAAGCUUUAAUGGAUACCCAAAAACCAUACAAAACACUCAGGGGUUGUACUGUUUACAUAUUGUAUUGGUUUGCUGCAAUUACACACUUGAUUAGCAAAUAUGAGGGUGAAAAAGGAGAAAGCAAACCUCGAUUUGUAAGGUGGAACACUAGGGUGCUUUCUCAAAAGAUCGGGGACAGCGGAAUGACCACUCUCAAACAAAAUUAUGAUAAGAGUUUUGUCAAGUUAGGCGCUGGAUUGGUUGUUGCAUUGAUAAAUUUUCCUGCUGAGGAUUCCGUUGGAUCAAAAAUUAGUGGCAACAAUUGCUGGCAAUGCAUAAAUCAUAUUGUAGGAUUCUUGGUGUUGUCAGACAAUUUGUAA